AUGCCACCUUCUUACUCCCGACGCGCCUACUUUGAUGAGCUGAAGUUUCCGGACGUCGAUACCAUUGAAGUAUUGAACGGCAAAUCGAAUUUUCGUCAAUGGCACUCUGACAUUCAGCCCGUUCUCUUGUCCAAUCCUUAUUCUUCUGAUCUGAUACUUGGCAGCUGGGACGAACCUCAACCUCCCUCAUCGUGGACCGUCGAGGAUCAGGCCUCAUUCGACGAGGAGCGCAGAGAAUGGCACCUCGCGAACACGGCGACCUGUCGCUACAUUCGCGCCACGUUAGCUGAGAACGUAGGCCCGUUUGUUCGUCAAUAUGCCACUGCAAAGACACUUUUCUUCAACCUUGUGUGGCUGUACGGCGAAGAGGCUGGGAUUGAUUCUCAAGGUGGUCCUCCUGUACCUGUGAAUGCCGGAACCCUGAACCCAAAGAAAGGCCGUGCCGGUCUUCUGGCAGCCCUGGAAGCUAAAAGAACCGUGGACUUUCUGCCUCUUGUCUGCGCGAGCCUCAAACCGUCAGUGUCGACAGCACUGGCUCAUGAAACCAGUCAAAGCGACUGGGAGGUUCCGUCUAUUUCUCCUUCGGGGACAGAACUGCCCACCACUCAUGGAAAGUCGACGAAAUGGCAGCCAGCAGGUGGCCCGGAUUUCACGUACGCACAAGCCCAUGAUCCCACAAUAGGCCAUUUGUACGAUCGAAGCCGCAUCUCUUCUAACCCCAGCCUCGAAACCAUACAAGAACACGAUGAACCGCAUCCGGGAAGACAGGAGAUCAAGAGCAGUCGGUUGGGAAAUUCGGAUAGUGGAUAUGAUGAUGAUGACGAGGUGCGUCUUCUUACCUCCAAGCCAAUGACACAUCCAUCACAACUAGUCUUGUCCAUGUCCAGGGCCGCUGACCGAUGCGACCAGGACCAGGAUGAAUGCCACCUCGAAGACAUGGACGUCGACAACGCCUGUGGGCGGUCCACGUCGCCGUCAAAGAAACGUCCAGCCGCCGGUCCAGACCUCGACCUCGACCUCGAGCCAAGGCCUGCAAAGACGAGCAUCACUUCGAUUUUGAAAACCGUCACAGCCAACAACAGCAGGGCCAGGAAGCGAGACAGAUUCACCUUCUCGUUUCCUCUGCGGCGGUUGAAUCCGGAGAAGGAGAAGGGCAAGGCUAAGGCAUAA